AUGGUAUAUGCGCCUUAUAGGCGGGAUUUGAAGAGGCUACCAGUUGCGAAACUACCCGAACUGCUGCUGCUACUCAGUCCCUCACUGCAGGCCCUCUUGGCUAACCUCUCUCUGGAGAGUCUCGUGCCUCAUAUCCAUGAAGAAAUGAGAGUGAUAUUACAUGCUUUGGCCGAUGAAGAAGGAUUUACUAUAAGUGAAAGAGUUCUUUGGGGGCCGCCAAUAAUAUGGCUUCAAAACGGCGGGUUCAGGACAAGAAGAAAUCAAAUUUGUUUUUGUAUCAUUAUACCCCGGCCAAAGAGCAGAGUUAUUAAUCUUGAAGAAGGACAACAAGGUGAAGAAGAAGAAGCAUAUGAGUGUGUUUUCGAAUGCACGAUAAGACGGCCAAUUGCUGAAGGACAAUUUGUUAGUUUCAGUUUUUCAGUGUCGCGUUGGCGAUAUCAUUAG